UAGUAUUGAAAAUUGGUCUGGUGCAGUUGCACGUUAAUACUACACUGAAUUCAUAAUCGACAUCUGCUCGUUAAUACUGUGGUAUUUAAUCGCGGUCCAACGUGCUUCCUUUCGAUCGGAAUCUCUGGAGUGGUUCGAUCGAUUAAGAUCUCGAGAAAUCGAUUAUCUUGGAAAUUAAGGGACAAGGGUCGGCCCUGAUUGUGAUCUCGUGCUGUGCGCUUGUAGUGGUAAAAGUAAGUAGGUCCAGGACAAAAAGGGGGCCGAGGGAACCAACCAGCAAUCUCGGGAGGGUUAAAACGCAUUCGCUCGGUCAUUCUUAGCGUUGGAAGGUUGAGGGACGGUGGUGCGUAAGGGUCGUCGAGUCUUCGCCAAAAGAGAAAGGAUUUUCUCCUUGCUUCUGAGCAUCCCCGUUGCGUAAGACUUUAUACACGUCCUUGGAAUCUGUUCCGCGGUCGCAAUGGAGAGUGGGAGGUUGGAUUUAGAUAGCGCCGAGGCGAACGGUGUCGCGAAAGAAGCGGCAGUUGCUGCCACGUAUAAGCCGCUUCCGGACGACGACAAGCGCGACUCAACAGAAAAUACCGCGAUGGGUAAGCCGAACAAUGAAAACGAGAUCAACGAUGGGGCGCACGAGAAGAUGCUCAAUGAGGAGAAUAAAAUUUCCAACACGAAAGAUGCGACCGAGGUGAAAUUUAUUUCUGAGAAUGGUGAUACUAAGAUCGAUAUCGAAACAGUUAAACAAGCUCUUUCUGGAAUGGGCAAGGAGGAAUUAAUGAAGUUUGCUAAUGAUCCAUUUUGGGUUCGAUUGAGAUGGUUUUUGUUCAUUACCUUUUGGUUAUUAUGGGCUGCUAUGUUGUUCGGUGCAAUAGCUAUUGUGGUAAUGGCUCCAAAAUGUUCAGCACCGAAGCCAAAAGAAUGGUGGGAGAAAAGUCCUAUUGUCCACUUAGAUCCUGCUGAGACUAGCACACAUAAUUUGAAAGGUGUAGAAGCUCUUUUGGAUACUUUGAAAGGGCAAAGUAUAGAUGCAAUUUCCCUUGCAUCAGUGGUUAAAGGAAGUCCAAGGGGAAUAGAUGAUAUGAAAGAUAUUCAACCAGAAUUUGGAACUAUCCAUGAUCUAGAGGCUCUUAUAAAAUCUGCAAAAGAAAGAGAUCAACAUAUUAUUUUGGAAUUAGAUCCAACUCAUACAUCAACUGAACAUCCUUGGUUUAAACGUUCUAUUGAGAAAGAAGAUCCAUUCACAUCUUACUAUGUUUGGGCAGAUGAAAAAACAUUUGAUGGUAGACGUAAUCCACCUAAUAAUUGGUUAAGUGUAUUUGGAGGGUCUGCAUGGGAAUGGAAUGAGCAAAGAGGACAAUAUUAUUUGCAUCAGUUCAAUAGCAGCCAACCUCAGUUGAAUUACAAUAAUCCAGCUGUAGUUACUGAAUUUGCUGAUGUUCUGAAUCAUUGGGUAAAAUUGGGAAUCAGUGGUUUCCGGUUAGCAAACACUCAAUACUUAACUGUGCAUCCAGAACUUAAUGAUGAAUUCAGAAGUACUAUUCCUACUGAAGCAGACGAUUAUAAUUCGUUAAUACAUGCUUAUACAAGAGAUCGCCCAGAGAAUGCUGCAAUCUUAUCAAAAUGGCAGGAAAGGGUUUAUAAUGAAACAGACAAUAAAGGAUUGUUUGCUCUUCAAGAUGACAUUGGAACUGAUAUUUUACAAGUUUACAAUGAGAAGAAAAGACUGAUCGACAUCCCACAAAGUUCUCAGUUUCUUAUAACUGCUAAUAGUAGUAUAAAUUCCACAACUUUACAUAAAGGUAUCUCGCAUUGGCUAGAAUUCACUUCAUGGCCUGCUUGGGAUCUCAAUGGUAAAAGAAAUACUUUGAGACAGAGAAUGCCUGCAGAUAUAGCAGACAGUUUAACGCUCAUGACUUUACUUUUGCCUGGUACUCCAAUACUCACCUUAAACGAUACUUUAUCUGCAAAGGAUGCAUUUGCAACUUUAUCCAAAGCACGUGAGAGUGUAACAUUCCUUUAUGGAGAGACGUUACCUCGGACUGUUAACGGAACAGUAUUUGCGUACACAAGGAGCUGGUUGAAGAGUGGCAAUCCUGGCUACUUAGUAGCAUAUCAAACAGCAGAAGAACCCACAGUAGUGGAUUUGUCUACAUUACCACAAGUUUCGUCUGAAGUCAGUGUGGUAGCACACAGCCCUAAUUAUGUACAAGAGGGUGAAACAAUAAGAACAAAGCUGUCCUCUAACAAGGUUCCUAUAUCUGGAAAGAGCACUGUUGUUCUAACAUUUGUGCCAAAGAAUUAAGUUAAUCGCUGUGUGAUGAACCAUUCUAUUUAUCAAGCAUAACCACUUGUUUAAUAUAUUUAUGUAAUGGCAUUUAUUUAAUCCAAUCAUGUAUUCUUUUUGCCAACUGCAAGUGUGUAUAAUUAAAUAUGCAUAUAGCAAAGA